AUGGAUUUCGAUGAAGAUAAUCAACAUAUGAUGACUGAUGAUGAUGAUGAUGAUGAUGAUCUACAAUCAAAUAAACUUGAUCAAGAAGAAGAAGAAGAAAUGGAUGAAAUUGUUAUGAAUCCAAAUAAUUAUGAUGAGAAAACAGAUUUAGAAGAAGAUAAACAAACUUUAAAAAAAUUAAAAGAAGCGAAAUUAGAUGAACAAUUUCCUGAUGAAAUUGAUACACCAAUCGAUGUUCCAGCACGUGUUAGAUUUCAAAAAUAUCGAGAUGUGCCUGUAACUCGAUUUGAACCUGGUUAUCAUUUAACUGUAACGAGUCUUUUACCACAUGAACAAUGUUUAUCAGUAUUAAAUAUUGUUUUAAAUCGUACAAAUGAUAGUGAAAUAAUUCUUAAAUCAAAAGAACGUCUUAUAUUUCAUGUUGGUUUUCGUCGUUUUGCAAGUUCACCUAUUUAUUCUCAACAUUCAAAUGGAAAUAAACAUAAAUUUGAAAGAUUUUUUCGUCCACGACAAACUCUUGUUGCAACAUGUUUUGGUCCAAUAACAUAUCCAUCUGCAUCAGUUUUAGCAUUUAAACAAUAUCCUGAUGUUAAUCCUGAUCGUAUUAUAUUAAAAAGAAUAGUAUUAAGUGGACAUUCAUUUAAAAUUCAUAAAAGAUCAGCUGUUAUUCGAUAUAUGUUUUUUAAUCCUGAGAAUGUUAAUUGGUUUAAACCAAUUGAAUUACGUACACGAUGGGGUCGACGAGGACAUAUUAAAGAAUCACUUGGUACACAUGGUCAUAUGAAAUGUCUAUUUGAUGGAAUUCUUAAAUCACAAGAUACUGUAUUUAUGAAUCUCUAUAAACGUAUUUAUCCAAAAUGGACAUAUGAACCAUUAUCAAUUCAACAACAAGAAAAUAAACAAGAAGAACAUAUGCAAUGA